GGUCCAAAAGAUGAAUGAAUUGAAGAAUGCAGAUCCCAAUGCUUGGACUUGGUUGAUGGCUGUUCCUACCAAAAGCUGGUGUAAGCAUGCCUUUUCUUUUUACCCUAAAUGUGAUACAUUGAUGAAUAAUAUCUCAGAGUCUUUUAAUGCUACCAUUCUAGCUGCUAGGGACAAACCUAUACUCACAAUGUGUGAGUGGAUAAGAAAAUAUCUGAUGAAUAGGUUAUCCACCUCUGCAAGUAAACUAGAAAAUUGGCCACAUAAGGUGAUGCCAAUACCUAGGAGAAGGUUAGAUAAUGAGGUGUUCAAUAGUGGUCAUUGGUUGCCAACAUGGUCAAUUGCUGAGACUUUUCAGGUUACACAUAGUUACAACACACAUGAAUUUAUUGUUGACAUUGCUAAAAGGUCAUGUAGUUGUAAUUUUUGGGAAUUAGUAGGAAUUCCAUGUAGGCAUGCUGUAGCUGCUCUGAGUUAUAGAAAGCAAAACCCUGAUGAAUUUGUUGAUGCUUGUUACACAAGAGAAAAGUUUGCACUAUGUUAUGGAUUUUCAGUAAGUCCAAUCAAUGGUCAAGAUAUGUGGCCAGAAGUUGAGAUGGAACCACCUCUACCACCUGCAUAUAAAAAUGGUCCUGGUAGACCUAAGAAGAUUAGGAUAAGAGAAAGUGGAGAGGAUGGUGCAAGGAAGAGAAGAUCUGGUGUUGCAUAUAAGUGCACCAAAUGUGAUAAUUUUGGUCACAAUGCUAUGACUUGUAAGGCUACCACUCAGGAUCCCAAUGCACUUAAAAGAAAGAGAAAACCUAAAAAAGGACAUGUGCCAACUGCAACUGAUAUGCCAACUGCAAAUGAUAUGCCAACUGCAUCUGAUAUGCCUGCCCCAACUGCAACUGAUAUGACUGUUCCAACAAAUGUGCCUGUUCCAACUGAUCCACAGCCUCCAACUGAUAUGCCUGUUCCAACUAUUAUGAGUCAAACAGGAUCUAGCGUGGCUGCCUCAAUCACAAAACAAUCCAGAAAAAGGGUUGAAAAAAAACCUAUCAUCAAAAGAAGGCAAAGUGAGAGGAUCAAGUUGAGUUGGUUUAAAAGACCCAUAACAGGUGAAGGAAUAUCUAGUGACAAACCAAUUACCCUACCAGAAAAUGAAGACAUACCCACUUCAAAAUGAGGGACUGAUUAUUAUGUUUCUGCUAUGUAUUUUGUAAUCCUUUUGGAAAA